UUCCUGAGGAUACGAACUAUAUAGAAAUAGCCCAUCUCUCUCAACUCUUAAAUUUUCGAACUUCACCCAAAUUUCUGUAAAAAAUAGGUUUAAAAUUUAAAAAAAAAAAGAAACAAAAUUGGUUACGUCCCCGGCAUCUACCAGCUUUCCCCUUCCAGUCUCCCUUCGUUGGCCCGCCAGAUUUACAUCGGCUCUCUCUCUCUCUCUCAUCAUCUCCGAUCACUGGCCUUUCUCUCUCUGUCAUCUCAGCAUAGUCAAAAGGUCUCAAAACAACGUUCUUCCCCAGUUCCCUUCUCUCUCUGUCAUCUCAGCCUAGUGGAACAGCAAGUACUUCUCACUCUCUCUCCGUGAUUGCAAAAUCAGCUUAGCCAUGGCGGACUCGUCAGGGACGACGCUGAUGGAUCUGAUAACGGCGGACCCAUCCACAGCGUCGGCCUCCGCCUCCACAACGACGUCGGCUUCGGCGCCGACCCCACCUUCGCCGCCAAAAAGCAGCUCCGGUGGUCUUCCGACGGCUUUGGGGAAGCCAGCUGGAGAGAAAAGGUCGAAGAGGGCUGCGCUGAUGCAGAUCCAAAACGACACCAUCUCUGCCGCUAAAGCUGCGUUGCAUCCCGUACGCACCAACAUCAACAUCUUGCCUCAGAAGCACAAGCAGAAGCAGAAGAAGCCUGUUUCAUAUGCACAACUUGCGAGGAGUAUUCACGAAUUAGCUGCUGCAUCCGAUCAGAAAAGUUCCCAGAAGCAGUUAGUGAAUCACGUCUUUCCCAAGCUUGCGGUGUACAAUUCUGUUGACCCUUCGGUUGCACCAUCCCUUCUCAUGCUCAAUCAGCAGUGUGAGGAUAGGAGUGUUCUGCGAUAUGUCUAUUAUUACUUGGCCAGAAUUUUAUCAGAUACUGGUGCACAAGGUGUGAGCACUGGUGGUGGGAUCCCAACUCCAAACUGGGAUGCUUUAGCUGACAUUGAUGCUGUUGGAGGGGUGACGAGAGCUGAUGUUGUACCGAGAAUAGUAAAUCAGCUAACAACAGAGGCAUCAAAUGCUGAAGCAGAAUUUCAUGCCCGAAGACUGCAAGCUUUAAAGGCUCUUACAUAUGCUCCUUCGACCAAUUCUGAAAUAUUGUCCAAAUUGUACGAAAUUGUGUUUGGCAUUCUUGAUAAGGUUGCUGAUGGCCCACAAAAACGCAAGAAAGGUGUGUUUGGGACUAAAGGUGGCGAUAAGGAGUUCAUCCUCAGGACUAACUUGCAAUAUGCCGCCCUAAGUGCUUUGAGGAGACUUCCGUUGGAUCCAGGAAACCCUGCAUUUCUAUAUCGUGCUGUUCAAGGAAUUUCAUUUGCUGAUCCUAUUGCUGUAAGGCAUGCCUUGGAAAUUCUAUCUGAGCUAUCUACAAAAGACCCUUAUGCAGUUGCAAUGGCCUUAGGGAAACAUGCAGAGCCUGGAGGGGCUUUGCAGGAUGUCCUCCAUUUACAUGAUGUUCUUGCUAGAGUUGCUCUAGCGAGGUUGUGCUAUACAAUUUCUAGAGCACGAGCCUUGGAUGAAAGAGCUGAUAUUCGAUCUCAGUUCAAUUCUGUGCUUUAUCAACUCCUACUGGAUCCCAGCGAAAGAGUCUGUUUUGAGGCAAUCCUAUGUAUAUUGGGGAAACACGAUAGUGCAGAGAGGACUGAAGAGCGAGCUGCUGGAUGGUACCGAUUAACUAGGGAGAUUCUCAAGUUGCCAGAAGCACCUUCUGUUAAGGAUUCCUCCAAAGAUAAAGCUCAGAAGACAAGGCGUCCACAACCCCUUAUUAAACUUGUAAUGAGAAGGUUGGAGAGUUCUUUCCGUAGUUUCUCUAGGCCAGUACUCCAUGCAGCAGCAAGAGUUGUGCAAGAGAUGGGGAAAAGUCGGGCUGCUGCAUUUUCUCUAGGCAUACAGGAUAUUGAUGAAACAGUGCAUGUCAAUACAUUUUCUGAGACUCUCGAUUCACAGGAUUUGGAUAGUAGUGAAACCUCACAUCCCGAAAGUAUCCGAAGAACUUCUUCUUUAUCUACUGGAGUAGGUGGCAAGGAUACAAUUGCUAGUUUGUUAGCUUCAUUGAUGGAAGUUGUGCGGACAACUGUGGCGUGUGAGUGUGUUUAUGUUCGAGCAAUGGUAAUUAAGGCGCUGAUCUGGAUGCAAAGUCCCCAUGAUUCGUUUGAUCAACUAGAAUCUAUUAUUGCAUCAGAGCUUUCUGAUCCAGCUUGGCCAGCCACACUAUUGAAUGAUAUUUUACUCACAUUGCAUGCUCGUUUUAAGGCGACCCCAGAUAUGGCUGUCACUCUUCUUCAAAUCGCCAGGAUCUUUGCAACUAAAGCUCCUGGGAAGAUUGAUGCUGAUGUAUUACAACUACUGUGGAAGACAUGUCUCGUUGGAGCUGGUCCUGAUGGGAAACACACUGCCUUAGAAGCGGUUACCAUAGUUCUUGAUUUACCGCCACCACAGCCUGGGUCAAUGUUGGGCCUUACAUCUGUGGACAGGGUAUCUGCAUCUGAUCCAAAGUCAGCUUUGGCAUUGCAGAGAUUAGUACAAGCGGCAGUAUGGUUUCUUGGAGAGAAUGCAAACUAUGCUGCUUCUGAGUAUGCCUGGGAAUCCGCAACCCCUCCUGGUACUGCAUUGAUGAUGCUAGAUACAGAUAAAAUGGUUGCUGCUGCCAGCUCUCGUAAUCCUACUCUAGCUGGUGCACUGACUAGGCUGCAAAGAUGCGCGUUUAGUGGCAGCUGGGAGGUUCGUAUUAUUGCCGCUCAAGCUCUUACAACUAUGGCAAUAAGGUCUGGUGAACCUUUUAGGCUACAGAUCUAUGAAUUUUUACACACGUUAGCACAGGGGGGAGUGCAGUCUCAGUUUUCUGAGAUGCAUCUCAGUAAUGGGGAAGAUCAAGGAGCUAGUGGCACAGGCCUUGGAGUUCUAAUAAAUCCCAUGAUAGAGGUUCUUGAUGAAAUGUAUAGAGCACAAGAUGAUUUGAUCAAGGAAAUACGCAACCAUGACAAUGCUAAUAAGGAAUGGACAGAUGAAGAACUUAAGAAACUAUACGGAGCUCAUGAACGGUUGCUUGAUCUUGUUUCGCUGUUCUGUUACGUCCCAAGAGCAAAGUAUCUGCCUUUGGGGCCAAUAAGUGCAAAACUGAUCGACAUCUACCGCACACGGCACAAUAUUAGUGCAUCAACCGGUCUGAGUGAUCCAGCUGUUGCUACUGGAAUUUCUGAUCUUAUUUAUGAAUCUAAACCAGCAGCUGAAGAGUCUGACAUGCUUGAUGAUGACCUUGUAAAUGCUUGGGCAGCAAACCUUGGUGAUGAUGGACUGCUAGGAAAUAAUGCACCGGCAAUGAGCAGGGUUAAUGAAUUUCUUGCUGGUGCCGGAACCGAUGCUCCUGAUGUUGAUGAAGAAAACAUAAUCUCUAGGCCUUCAGUUAGUUAUGAUGAUCUGUGGGCAAAGACUCUUUUAGAGACUUCUGAGCUAGAGGAGGAUGAUGGGAGGUCAUCUGGGACAUCUUCCCCAGAAUCAACGGGAUCAGUUGAAACUUCCAUAUCAUCCCACUUUGGUGGAAUGAACUACCCUUCACUUUUCAGUUCACGGCCGGAGAGGUCUGGAGGAAACAGAUAUACCAAUCCAUCUACGGGGGGUCCCUCAUUCAGUGAGGGUUUAGGAUCUCCAAUUAGAGAAGAGCCUCCGCCAUACUCGUCACCUGCCGCACAAAGAUUUGAAUCAUUUGAUAAUCCUUUAGCUGGGCGUGGAUCCCAAAGUUUUGAAUCUCAAGAUGACGAACGCGUUUCUUCUGGAAAUCCUCAACAUGGAACGGCACUUUAUGACUUCACGGCUGGUGGAGAUGAUGAAUUAAAUUUAACAGCGGGUGAAGAUGUUGAAAUCGAGUACGAAGUGGAUGGCUGGUUUUAUGUGAAGAAGAAACGCCCUGGGAGGGAUGGAAAAAUGGCUGGGCUGGUCCCAGUCCUCUAUGUUAAUCAGUCGUGAAUUGCAGAUUGUACAAGAAAGUUUUGAUCCUCUAUUCUACGUUCUGCACUGUCUUAUAAGGUUAUCUGGUUUCGUAAAGUAUCAGAGCUGCUCCAAUAUUUAAAGCUUCAAGUUCUCAUAUUGGCCGUAGGCUUGUCUAUAUGACUUUGAAGUUUCAAUCCCUACUUUGAUGCUACAUUCUGGAAGCUCCAAGUAGGUCAAUAUUUUAAGAGCAGCGGGAGUUCCUGAAGAAUCAACCAGUGUGUGUAUUAGUCAUUCGUUUACAAUUCUUGUUUGUAUUAUAUUAUGUUUGUUCUCCUCCGUUCACUUGUGGUUUUGAUGUCGCAGCUCCAUGAAAUUUAGCUAGUAUUAGAUCGAAUGUACGGGCAACAUUUUGUUUAUUUUGGCUGAUUAUUUGCCCGUGUAUAGUGUUUUUAAUCUUCACGACUUCUCAUGAAACCUGAGGCUUUGCAAGGACACAUCGGCAUCAUGGACACUCGGAAGAACUCUCUCCUCUGAAACAUGUUAUGAUGUUACUCAUGCUUUCAAUCUGUCUUGGAAAUUACUCAAA